AUGGAAGACACACUGGAACAUUCCGAUGAUUCUUCUUCUACCCAUUCACACAUAAACACAAACACCUUACCUGCAUCCCGAUUUCUGAAUCUUGGUGACCCUGGCAAUCCCUUCCGUUUGGACAAUGGUGACAAUCCUACCGUUAUCCUCGUGACUGAUUUACUCACCACAGACAACUAUGCGACUUGGUCCCGUGCUAUGCGACUGGCACUCCGUGCGAAAAACCAACUGGGUUUUAUCUCUGGCGCCAUCCCUCAACCUAUCGAUCCAGAGGAUCCUCUUCUUGAGCUAUGGGAACGCUGCAACGACAUGGUCGUCUCAUGGAUCCAGAACUCCAUUAGUCCCUCCAUAAAAUCCAGCGUUGUUUUUGUCGAUGAUGCUCGGGAAAUUUGGCUCGAUCUUCAGGAUUGUUUCUCUCAACAAAACGGGCCUCGGAUCUUCCAGCUUAAGAAAACACUUUCCAGCCUUCUUCAAGACAAUGAUUCAGUCAGUAUUUACUACGGUAAGCUGAAAACUCUUUGGGAUGAACGUUCCAUUUAUGAUCCAAUUCCUGCUUGUAACUGUGGUUCUAUGAAAACCCUUUUGGAUCGUUACCAAAGAUUGUGUAUUUCAAUUUCUUAUGGGUUUGUGUGA